CACCAUUACUGAACAUAGAUUCACCAAAAUAGAGAAAAAUCCAACAGUUUCCAUCUCAAUGUCUGUCCCUACUGAGCUGAAACUGACAACAGGUUCAAACUAUACAUGUAUUUAAUUAAAAAGCAGACUCCAUACAAAGAUGUCAGCAAGUGAAAACUGAAUGCAACCCAUCCAUCAUUCACGAACUUUGUAUCUUAACAUCCAAAUGUAGCCUAAGAAAUGGUGAACAUACUUGAAAUUUUCUUUUCUUUUCUUUUUCUUUUUUUUUUUCUGUUAUGGUAUUUAGUGUAGGAAGAAACUAGUUGGCAUCUUUUUAGAUGAAGUGAGGAAAAGGAAAGAGAUGGGCACUCAGAAACAGGAUUUCAUGCAGAUGAUGAUGGAUUCUACUGAUGAAAAUGCAGAAAAGAUAUGUGUUGUGGAGGUGGUGGAGAACAUAAUUUGCUUAAUUUUAGGUGGUUAUGAGUCUACCUCAAAUGUCAUGACGUGGGCCGUUUACUAUCUUGCCAGGUACCCAUCAGUACUAAAUAAACUCAAGGAGGAGAUACAUGGGAUCACAAAUAGGAAAUCUAAGGACGAGCUUCUUACACCUGAAGAUAUCAAAGAAAUGAAGUAUACUUCAAAGGUAACUGAUGAACUGAUUUGCUUGUCCAAUGUGUCACCCUUCUCAUUCAGAAGAGUGGUGAAAGAUAAUGUAAUUCUUAACGAUAAGUAUGAAAAAAAAAAAAAAACAUGCAUGAAACAUCAUAAACCCAAGUGUCAUGAUUUGUUUAAUAUUAGAUGUGUGUUGUAUCUUGUGCCAAUUUUGAAGUACUUUUAAGAUGAACAAGCUACAAGAUCCCAAAGAAAUUGGAAAGUCAUCGUGUGGAUCCACUCUACACAU